AUGGCGGACGACCCUAGCGCAGCGGACAGAAACGUGGAGAUAUGGAAAAUCAAGAAACUGAUCAAAAGUUUGGAAGCAGCCCGCGGAAAUGGCACCAGUAUGAUCUCGUUGAUCAUUCCUCCAAAGGACCAGAUAUCCAGAGUAGCCAAGAUGUUGGCUGAUGAAUUUGGCACCGCAUCAAACAUUAAAAGCAGAGUCAAUCGGCUCUCUGUACUUGGAGCCAUCACAUCUGUACAGCAAAGACUAAAACUGUACAACAAAGUGCCACCAAAUGGUUUGGUCGUGUACUGUGGCACCAUUGUCACUGAAGAAGGCAAAGAGAAGAAGGUCAACAUUGACUUUGAACCUUUUAAGCCAAUCAACACUUCCUUGUAUCUUUGUGACAACAAGUUUCAUACAGAGGCAUUGACAGCUCUACUCUCAGAUGACAGCAAGUUUGGCUUCAUUGUGAUAGAUGGAAGCGGUGCACUGUUUGGUACACUGCAGGGGAAUACCAGAGAGGUACUGCACAAGUUCACUGUGGACCUUCCGAAGAAGCACGGCAGAGGAGGACAAUCCGCUCUACGUUUUGCUCGCUUGAGAAUGGAAAAGAGACACAACUACGUUAGAAAAGUGGCUGAAACUGCAGUGCAGCUCUUUGUUUCCAAUGACAAAGUUAAUGUGGCAGGAAUGGUCUUGGCUGGAUCCGCUGACUUUAAAACUGAGCUCAGCCAGUCUGACAUGUUUGACCCAAGAUUACAAGCAAAAGUAUUGAAGCUAGUGGACAUUUCCUAUGGAGGAGAGAAUGGAUUUAACCAGGCAAUCGAACUAUCGGCAGAAGUUCUCUCAAAUGUCAAGUUCAUCCAGGAGAAGAAACUUAUUGGCCGAUACUUUGAUGAAAUCAGUCAGGACACAGGAAAAUACUGCUUUGGAGUGGAGGACACUCUCAAAGCCUUGGAGAUGGGAGCAGUGGAAAUACUUAUAGUCUACGAGAACUUGGACACCAUGCGCUACAUUCUACGAGUGCACGGGGCUGAAAGCAAUGGCGCUGAAAAUGAUGAGAAGACUUUAUAUCUAACGCCGGAACAAGAAAAAGACAAAUCACACUUCACAGACAAAGAGACGGGGCAGGAACAUGAGCUCAUCGAGAGCAUGCCUCUGUUGGAGUGGUUUGCCAACAAUUACAAGAAAUUUGGAGCCACCUUGGAGAUCGUCACAGACAAAAGUCAAGAAGGUUCUCAGUUUGUUAAGGGCUUUGGAGGCAUUGGAGGUAUCUUGCGGUACAGAGUGGAUUUCCAGGGCAUGGAGUACCAAGGAGACGGCGACGAGUUCUUUGAUUUGGAUGACUACUAG